AAUUCCCCUCACACCCAGGACGCUGCAGCCGGCUGUAAUUCCCCUCACAAGUGCUCAGGAUGCUGCAAUGAGCAGUGAUUCUGCACCCCACGUGUGCACAGGAUCAGGCAAUGAGGAGCUGUUACACCCUUCCCACUCCUGCAUGUUCAGGGUUGUGGAAUAAGAGAAAGUUUCUCCCCCACAGCUGGCUCAAGAUUAGGCAAUGAAGGAGGAGUUAGAGGACCCUGUAGUGCUGGGCACUGUAAAAUGGGAUAUAAUCAUCAUUAGCUAAAGGACACCUUCCUUGCACAUCCUGUUGUGGUUUCUACCUGCUCCCAAGCCCACAAAAGUUCUGUCACAUGCUGUUAAAAGGUCAUAAUCUGACAACUCGCCAGCCUUUCCACCAACUCCUGCAGAAGAAACCAUCUCUUCCAUCUGCAGCAUGGCAUCGUGCAGUGAGAGGCAUGUUUAUUCAAACCCAGGACACACCAAAUCCAAACAGCUUGAAGUUUAUUCCAGGAAGGGAAGUGCUGGGGUCGAGGACUAUGGAGUUUUCCACACCAGCUGCAGCUUAUUGCUCACCUUUAGCAAGACAGUUAUUCCGGAUUGAAGGAGUGAAAAGUGUUUUCUUUGGGCCAGACUUCAUCACAAUCACCAAGGAGAGUGAAGACCUGGAUUGGAACUUACUGAAACCAGAUAUUUAUGCAACCAUAAUGGAUUUCUUUGCCUCUGGCCUGCCUGUAGUUACUGAUGAGGCACCCAGGACAGACACAGCUGCUUCAGAAGAAGAUGAUGAAGUUGUGCUGAUGAUUAAGGAGCUGCUGGAUACAAGAAUCAGGCCCACGGUGCAGGAGGAUGGUGGGGAUGUCAUUUACAAGGGCUUUGAGGACGGCAUUGUGCAGCUGAAGCUGCAGGGCUCCUGCACCAGCUGCCCCAGCUCCAUCAUCACCCUCAAGAGCGGGAUACAGAACAUGCUGCAGUUCUACAUCCCUGAGGUGGAAGGCGUUGAGCAGGUUGUUGACGACGAUGAUGACGUGGAGAAAGAAGCAAAUUCUACUUGAGCUUCGUCACCUGUGGCCAAAUAAACAUUUACCUCCUGCUGUACGUAAAGCAUCUUUGUGCUGAGGAACAACCAGAUCUGCCUUGUCAGAAAAACAGUUGUAGCUACUGUGAGCGUGCACCAUCAGUUCAAGCAGUUCACCCACUAAUUUAUUAAAUGCCCUGGAUUACAAAAAGAUUCUUCUGCUAUGUCUCUAGAAAGAAAUGGUGGGCUCAGAAAACAGUGAUGUGUUUCUUGUUUGUUUUUUCACACAGAAAGUUCAGUACUGAAAGAAAGAGAAGGCAGAAGUUCCUUGGCUUUUGUGUGCAAUAGCAAUUUUAAAUGUGGGACUGACAGGACUGGCUGCCCUUACUCUGUAAAUGGGAGCUUCAGGAAUGUUAAUUUUAUCAAGUCUUGUUAAAAAGCUGCUGAUUCCUAUCAAAUUUUUUUUGUGUGAAAGAUAACCUAUAAUAUCAGCUGUUCAUUUUGGGGGCUGUAACACUGCCAUGGCUUUGUGAAGUUACCACUGUGCAAACCAUAGCAACAGAAACAAAACAGGUUUGUUAUAAAAAUCAUACCUUCUAAAGCAAAUGUUAGAGAAGAAUGAUCCUUAUCAGCUUCAGCAGGAAGACUAAUGGGCUCAUUUAGCAGUAAAACCGUUCAGCCGGCGUGCAGCAGCUGAUUGCCCAGCACGGGGAAGGAGGGCCCGUGUUUGUGCUGCUGCUGCCACAUCCUGUUUGCCCUGCACACAUGGCAGGGCAGUGUUUGCUGCUCUGACGCUGGAACGCAUCAAUGGGGCUCUGCAAGGAGCUCUGUUUGCUCUGUGUGUGGGGGAAUGGUUUGUUCCUGGUGCCUGGCUCUGUGACAGGAAUUCUGGUCCUCCUCUGUGCUGCCACCUCAGCUGAGGUUGUGCUGAAUGACCAGGAAUUCUGGUCCUCCUUGUGCUGCCACCUCAGCUGAGGUUGUGCUGAAUGACCAGGAAUUCUGGUCCUCCUUGUGCUGCCACCUCAGCUGAGGUUGUGCUCCUCGUUUGGUUUAGGAUUGCCUUGAGAGCCUCUGGUGUGUUCCCCUCUUUCCUCCCUUCCCAGGGUAAUUAUUCCACUGAUAAAUCCCUAAACAGGAUCAGUUCAGCUGCUGGAGAAUCUCCUCUAGAGCACCACAUCAGCAUGUGGUAACUGUAAACUGCCUAUUACUUGGGAGAGAUUUGAAAAUAAAUAUUUUAGCUAAAUAAGCCAAAUAUUUCCUCAGCUUUCAGUAAUCACCCACAGUUGUUUGACUCUGGCAAUCGGUGUGAAAUGACCAUGUUGUCUUUGAGUCUCUGGUGAGCUGCUCGGGGUGUUGGUGACAGAAUUCCCUGCUGCAGGGCAGGGAAGGUGUCCUGCUUUGAAGCUCCAGGCUUCUCGUGUUCCUGAGACCUUCUCCUCUGCUCUGUGCCCAGCCAGGUUCUGGCAGCAAGCUCAAAAUACAGUUAUUUUCUGUGUCCUGAUGGUGUGGGUUGUUUUCUGUGCUUUUGAAGGAAAUAGUUCUUUAUUGAAAUUCUAGUGUAAUAUAAAGCAGAAUGAAUGGCA